CCAGAAUGAAAUCAGAUAUGCAACUGCAAUCACAGCCUGAAACUUUGUAAUUUACAUUUUAGGGCAUCCAACAUUCAGUAAAAUAGUGAGCUAAAUUACUGAAUAUGUUCACUAGUCAUCAGAUUGACCAAAUUAUUAUAUAUUACGGUACUUGUUGAAAUGUUAAUUGUUAUAGCAUUUUAAAUAUUAAACGUCUGUUUUUAAUAGUGUAUGCUGAUUUCUGGCUGAAAUAAAUGACUAUUUCUUGAGUGAAGAUUGUGAACCGUUCACUUAGAGGUACUGCAGCUGAUCUUUACAAAAGUACUGUAGCUGCUGUUUGGUCUUGUUCUGCAACUAUCUUCUUUCAAAAGCCAACAUGUGCAAUGGACAGAGAAGUGAUGAGAAUCACCCACAACCAAGGAACUCUCCCCACAAAAUGCAGCAGAUGGUGGUGGCUAUAAUACGGAUCCUGUUUGUUAUUGUUAACAACCUCUAUUGCAUUCCCGUGCAUCUCCUGUGGCUGCUUCUACUGCAGCCUCUACGACUUGUCUGUCCAAGUCUCUAUUGGAAGCUUGAGGGCACUUUUUUCAGGUGGCUGCUGUCCAUGGUUGCCAUGUGGUCAUAUUCUGCAGGGUAUGACAUUGUGGAACUUGGAGAUGAUGUGUGGAAGCUGAGCCAGGACCGCACGGUCGUCAUGUACAACCAUCAGUCAACUUCAGACGUGCCGCUCAUCAUGGCUGCUUUCAACUCACGGCCGAGCUUCUCGUGCGCCAACGUCAUGUGGAUCAUGGACAGAGUCUUUAGGCUUACGAACUUUGGUGUUGUGUCGCUCAUGCAUGGAGACUUCUUCAUCAGAGCUGGAAAGACACAUCGCGACUCGUCCCUCUUGGCUCUACGUCAUCAUUUGUCUAGCUUCUACCAACCCAUGAACCGCAAGUGGAUCGUCUUGUUUCCUGAGGGUGGCUUCCUCAUCAAGAGGAAACCUAUCAGCCAGAAGUACGGACAAAAAUUGAGACUACCGCACCUGCAGAACGUGUCCCUGCCUCGCUCCGGAGCCCUGAAAGCCAUUCUCGACCACUCUCAUCAUCAUGGCGACCAGGGAAUUAAGUGGAUUGUGGACGUGACCGUGGGCUACCCUGGGGGUGACCCGCUCAACCUGCAGGCGCUUAUCGCCGCUCACCGUCCGCCGUGCGCCGUGGUUAUGCACUACCGCUGCUACGACGCCCGGCACGUGCCCCGAGACGAGACUGCGCUCACCGCUUGGCUGUACGAUCGUUACAUCGAGAAGGAGCAAAUGCUGAGCGAAUUUUAUGCGACUGGCGUUUUUCCUGACUCCCCUUCUGACAAGUUCCCUGUGCCGCCACCUCUGCCGCUGUCCGUGUCUCUCCAAGCCUCGCCUGUGGGGCUUGCUCCGAGUGCUGCAUUGUCUGCAAACAGUACCUCAGUUGCCGAGUCACAAAAUAAAAUUAAAGUUAAUUCAUUAGACGACACAAGCAGUAAUUCAGGAGCAGUUGAUAACGGCUCCAGUGUUGAAACUCUCACUGCAGACGAGGUUAUCACGUCUGCUAAUACUGACAAUAUCUAUAACCUGCUGGACAGUGUCACAUCAAAAGAAAAGAUUAUCGGUGAGUCGUCCAGUUCUCAAAUUAAGGAUAUGAGUGAGGGAACGGUCUCGCCAAGUGCUCCUGGCGUGGGUAAUGUUAGUGAAUCAAGUGAUAACUUAAAGAAUUCUUCUAGUGUUAAGGACCGGACUCAUGACUCAAUGUGUAGUAGUGACGCGGCUCCCACAUCCAAUGUAAUUACCUCUGUUCACGCCCGGCUUGCCGCGCCCAUUUGCAGUUCCAAUCUGCCUAAUGGAGGAGAAGAAACUGACUUGCUUGUAAAUGUAAAGAAUAUUAAUAGCUUUCAACACUCGUGUGUUGAGUCUGAGCAUUCAAAGCUAUCCAGUCCGCCCUCGGAUACGUCAGAAUCCCCGAAGCUCGUUCACCGAAAUAGCAAAUCUCUGAACCCUUCAUGCAAUUCCUCGUAUCCGGACAGGCCGCAAAGUUUGAUAUCUCCUUCCUAUAAAUUGCAUUCUUCACCAGAAAGCGAACAUCGCCCUGAUCUUGGCAAACUUCCAGGCAAUGUUCUUGUUCACGACCCUCUGGAGUUUGCGCUACGCCAUCUCUUCUACAUUGUGUCCACAUACGUAGCUACUCAGGCUAUCUCGUCUGCGUAUUCCUACAUUGUUUUGUUAUGUUGCUGACUACUUCGUGACCUUUUUCAACCGCCUGGAUUUUCUAUUGCUUUCCAUUUCCCCUUCAGACUUUUCUCUGGCCUUUAAGUUGCUAUUCACAACAGCGUAGUUAAUAGCCAUUAUUUUAUGCUAGUCGAAAAUCAAUAUUUUAUAGAAGCGAAAUGCGCAUUUUUUCCUAUUCUUAUCUAGCAUUUGAACAAUUAUUUCUUCCGAGUCCAUUACUUGGAAGCUCCAAGACUAGGCGACGAAGUGCGCGGCUUGGACAGGCAGUCACGCGACGCAUUAACGUUCUCCCUCGUGUAGUUUUGUCUGCCUUUGUUUUAAAGAAUAUAGUAUUUUCAUUGCAUAUUGUAUUUUGAUCGCUAAAUUUAUUAUUUAAACCUGAUUUAUAUACCUUUCUUGCUUGUGACUUUGCCUUGUUUCAUGGCCAAACUUUGUGGAGCAUGAUAAGCGUCUGCCUUCUUUAUUUAGAAGUUCUUGUCUUUUGAAGGAAUAACAACAUAGUAAUGUAAAAUAAUAUUUUUCUCUAAUUAAAAAGACUUGCACUUCAUGGUCCUGGUUUAACUGACUGACAGCGCUGUAUGACAGCAAAGUUAUUUAACUUACAACAAUAACUGUAAACCUUUAAAUAUUUGUAAAUGCAACAAUUCCUACAAUUUUUACGCAUUUUUUAGAUUCUUAUGCGUCUGUCCGCUCAUUAUGAUCUAUCAUGUAAUUGAGAUCUUCAUCGCGAGUUAGAAGCAAUUGGCUUUAAUACCUAUGUUGUUCCCAACUAACGUUUGCUUGGAAGAGAGGAAUGCUGGUGUUUAGAGAAGGUUCUCGUCGUAAGAUCUGUCAGAUAUGAAUUGUACUUAAUGAAGUAACGUUUUAACUGGUAGCAACAAACAUUUUUAUCUCCUCGUUGUGAGGCAAAUAAUCGAGUUACUCGAAACUUUGAAAAUAGUUUAUCAUGGGUUCAACGAAAAUCAUAUUGAAAUGGUCUAAUUUAAUUACCAAGUUGAUUGAUCCAUUUAGAUUUUAUUUGUGCUUGACUAAAACGGUCAACUCUUGAUUCUUCCGUUUGAUUCACACGGAAGAAGUAAACGUGAAUUUUUAGCUAAUCUUGUGCGCGUAUUUCAGUAGGUUUGCUUAUGUUCUUGCCUACUGUUAGUUUAUACGUUUCUGUUGUUGAAACAAUCUAAUUUCCAAUCGUUAUACUAUCCUGCGUCUUUUAUGAACAUCCACUGUGCACCAAAUAAAGUUCUUAGAUUUGUAUAUGAAACAACAUCGCAGUAUUUGAAGUUUAUCGAAAGAUUCAUUUCCAGAAUAACCGUUUCACGGUCGAAAACUUGUCUUUUACAUCAAAUUUAAAUAAAAUUACUGAUUUUGUAAAUGCAGAGCAAUCGAAACUCUAUAACGUCAUGACCGUCCAUCUGCUUUUAGCGAAGAGUGUACCGAUGACUCGCCGAUAUCUUCAGCAUUGGUCUCUCGUAUCGGUCUGUUCAUUUCUGAAACUAAAUCUAUGGUUCAACUCCAUGGUUCUUAAUCUUACUCCAUGGUUCUUAACUUAAUCUAUGGUUCAACUCCAUGGUUCUGUUAAGAAAGUUAGUUUCUACCUCUACAUAUCUGAUCGUUUUAAGGUCAAAUCGUGCAAGUUCAUUUGUUGUGCUGAAUCUUCUUGCGCGCUGGUUAAUUGGACCAAAGAAAACUAUGUGAUAUGUUGCUAACAUUUCCAUGCUCUUUUAUUUAUCGCCUAAAAUAAUAAUUCUUUAGAGAUCGCACCUAAGUUAUAAGGGAGAUAGUUCCUUUUUCAUCUUCACUUGUUCGUAAUUUGAAGAACGCAUUUAUCAACAAGGGGCUGUAGUGCGAAGAGAGCUGGUGAAUUACAGCUCUUCAUCUUCUUUUGUUAGCAUUUAUAGUCCACUUAUAUGUUACAGCACCCGAGUAUGUCAAUAUCAAGUGUUGUUUUGGAUCUUCUCUAUUUAUGAGAACGAACUGCUUAACUUUAUCUUCACGACUUGUAUGCUUCAGGACUCCCAAAAACCGAUUACUUGCGUACGUUCACUCGCCAGGUGUGCUGUCAAACAGUCAACACUGCAUAUAUCUUAACACCCUAGCUUUUAACUACCUGUACCCUGCAUUAGCUUCUUAUGCUGCGAAAACAUAUCUCUGCCUCUGAGGAUACAAAUGACCCCUGAUUAUUCGUAAAUGAUUAUUAAAUUCUUUUUGCGUUUUUCCCAUCACCCUGUUUUAUCGUAUAAGCGCAGACACAUUAUGUUGUUCAUCUAUAGCGUGUUAUGGUAAUAUCCUGAAUUGUCAUUAUAUCACAGCCGUGAAAACAUCGCACGGUAAACGAGCGAGGAAAGUGGUCUCAGUUCAAACAUUUAGCGAAAUGUUCUAUGUAUCAGGCUUGGGAUUUCCGACCGGUCUGUUAGUGAUUAUGCCUCAUAAGAUUCGUUUUAGUAAAGGGCUUGUUGAUGUGAAUUUAAAAUAUAUUUUCAAGCUUUACUGAGCUUCUGCUGUAUGGAACAAUAAAACUCACAAGCGACCUCAUCAUUUUGUUAUUGAAGGAUACUGAGAAUAAAAUAUGUGUUGGGUGUAUUGCCACUGUAGCCAUUAGAUUUCGAUGAAUAAUAGUUGUGCUAAUGCAGCACUGGCUCUCUUCGUGGACGAGCUUAUUUGAGAUUUGUUGAUAUUUUGAUUGUAUAGCUGCCAGGUAUGGCAUUUGUUGUAGCCGCGUGUACUGUGGAUAGCAAGGGAUGGAAGUAUGAAUGGUUUAUUGUUAAUGUAGAUAGAGUUUUACAAUUAGAUGUUAGGGAGUAACGAGUUUUCUUGUUACUACCUGCACUAUGUUCAUAUUAGAUAUUGUGAAUGCCUCUCCAGAUGAUGGCGUUCUACAUCUGUAGGUCUCAGCGCUAGAGCCUUGCAAGUAGACCUUAGAUAUUCUCCUUAACGCGUCAUGUUAGUUGCGUUGGACUUUACUUGAGAUCAAUUAUACACUUAAUUUCAUACAGUCAUCACGUGAUGUGUGAUUCAUGAUGUGAUCUUUAUUUUAAAUGCUUAACUUGAACUUAAUUAACUAAGAUGAAUUUGCUCGAGUUAACUGACGAUGAUGGUGAUAAUAUGAUGAAUGAAUGCAUAGCGAGAAGCUAUGUUCUCUAAUAUAUUCAAGUCGGUGCACGAGGCAUAUCGCACCGUGCCAUUGUGCACAAUGUGCAUACAAUGGCCUGCAAUAAUUGUUCAGUGAUGUGACACCAAUGUAACCGUGUCGAAACGUUUGUAUUCUCCGCUGUACGUAAACCAUAAGUUUUUCAAUACUUGGAAACGAAUUCCUUUAAACUUGCAUAUUUUAUCAGCAUUUAAAUAGGCUUUUGCCUGCAUUUAAAUAAUUCCUGACCUAUGUUCUUUACGUAAAGAGAAGAAUUGUUUCUUUUUAAAUAUGCAGAAUAUUCUCUGGGAUAUGUUUCGUUUGAGUCAGAAGGCAGGGAUCCUCGAACUUCUCAUCGUAUGUUCUGCUCCACGUGUCACUGGCAGGGGAUUGGGUUCUCUAAUCAGAGGUCCUCGCAUAAAAAAAACGGCAAUAAAGGUAAUACUUUAUUUUUACCAAUUUCCAUCAAAUGAAAUGUAUUACCAGUCCGUUAUUUUAGCCAAAUUUACAGUUCUUUGCUUUCAAAACAAUGCUUUGCGCUCUCCAGAUAUCAAAUAUAUGGGCGUUCUAUGUUCAGGUCUAUGUGUUAAUACACAAUUUUUAAUGUUUUCUUCUGCGACAAAGUACGAUAUUUUCGUUUCCUAAAAUUAAUCAUUAAAAUAAUGUUGUACUUAGAUUAAUUUCCCAUCAAUGCUCGUCAGAAGCGCACAGUAAGGUGUUCCUACAAAGAGAAUCAUGAUAUUCUGUGUAGUACGUAUUGCAAUUGUGUCUAAUUUUUUUCCUGCUUAGUCUGUGUGAAUUUUCUGGGUAAAUUUGCAAACGUACUUCAUGAUGUACAGUUGAACAUAAAUAGAACAGGCCUCUCAGAAAGCGAGUUGAAUGGUAAAGUAUACUACUUAAUGUCAAUAAUGUGAAUUAAAUCACCUCAAAGAAAGAAGCAUAAUUAAAUAACAACUUAUUCAAUGAUAGCUUCCUUUUCAUGGAAUUAUUGAAGCAAUGCUUUGUGUCGGCGCACCAGCGAUGUCAGUUUGCGGUGCAAGUAUACCAUGCGACGAAACCACAGGUCUUAAUGCCAAGUGUUGCAGGUGCUUGCAUUAAACAGCAGUGAUGUUCAACGCUGAUAAACGGCCUUCGCAACGGAACUAUUAUCCAAGGCCAAAAUAUAUUGCGUCUCUUCUAUAACAUGAGGCACUAUUUUCUACCGCUACGUACAGAGCCUGUUGCUGAAAUAAUUUUUUUUUGUAAACAAUUUUUUCUGCUUGAUUUUUAGCAAGUAUUUAAUAAGUGAUGAAUCAAAUUUGAUGUCACGUAAACUUCGAAUGUACUGACA